AUGAGUGUGUUUCUUCUGCCUAUUGAGAUGGAUAGAGAGAUUGAGAUAAUCAUGAAUGCCUACUGGUGGGGUUGUGAAGGGGAGAGGAGUAGGGAUUCCUUAAGGGAAGCUAAGGUGGAUAACCUCCUCAACAUGGAGAAAUAUGAUUGGGAUUGUGAGAUUCUAGAUGAUCUGUUUGUGCAAGAGGAUGUGUCUUUGAUCAAGAGCAUUCCUAUUCCUACUUCACACCAUGAGGACAGACUAAUAUGGGUGAAUGAAGAAAAUGGUGUUUAUACUGUUAAGAGUUGCUAUAGGAAGUUGCAGAUCCCUUUACAGAAUCAACAACCUCCAUUCUGGACUGAUUUAUGGGAGGCAAAGAAUGAGAAGGUUACAAACUGGAUCAAACCUCCCUUGGGUUGGAAGAAGCUUAAUGUGGAUGCAGCCUUUGACUCCACUCAUAGGAAGAUGGGAUUUGGCCUAUUCCUAAGAGAUGCAAAUGGGUGCUUUGUUGCUGCAAGAAAAAUCCCUUGGCAUGGUUUAUUUAGAUCCGAUGAAGCUGAAGUAAUGGGUGUAAAGGAGGCACUAAAGUGGCUGAAGGAGCUCAAUGUGGAUUGUGUGGAAGUAGAGAUGGAUGCACCGAAGGUGAUUACUGGAUUACAAAGCUGCAAAGUGUUUACAUCUUUUGACCUUAUCCUUGAUGAUAUUAGGAAACUAGCUAAUGACUUUGUCAAUCUUAGCUUUUUAUUUGCUAAACGGUCUGCGAACAGGAUCGCCUACUUCCUUGCUUGGGAGACUGUAAUACCCCCUUUUUCUUAA